AUGAAAUUCUUUUUGAAAAAAUGUCUGCGCAAAAAGCCAGAAGAGAUGAAACCAGGCGCCAUACUGGACGCUGUCAUUUCACAAUCUUCGCCAACGGCCAACAAAUGUCUACUUUACAAGCUCGCAGAUUACAAACGUGGCGGCGACCUCAUUGAUGCACUCAACAGUGGCGGUCUGGUCGCCGUGGAGCAACUGAUACGCGAGCAAUUCGGCAUCUUCAUGUAUAAUGAUGGCAAAGGACAGGUGAUCAAUCGCGCUGAAUUUCUACGCUGGAAAUAUCGCGAUCACACUGAGGUAACCAUACCGAUUGAAGCAUCACUAUCGCGUCACGAUCCACUUGGCAAGUGGGAGGACCACAAAGCCUGCUGGCAAAUGCAGUUUCGUGGCGCACUUGGUGAGAGCCUCCUGCAUGUGCUUAUCAUAUGUGAUUCUAAGAUACACACAAAGUUGGCGCGUGUACUGAUACGCGUCUUUCCGAAUCUCGCACAAGAUGUAAUGGAGGGUGAGGAGUAUUUGGGUGCUAGUGCGUUACAUUUGGCCAUUGCCUACAGUAAUAAUGAACUCGUGGCCGAUCUCAUCGAAGCAGGCGCCGAUAUAAAUCAACGUGCAAUCGGUAGUUUCUUCUUACCGCGUGAUCAGCAGCGCCGCAAUCCAGCCAAAUCGACGGACUACGAGGGACUGGCUUAUUUAGGUGAGUAUCCACUGGCAUGGGCGGCUUGCUGCGCCAACGAAAGCGUAUAUAAUCUAUUACUGGAUUGCGGUGCUGAUCCGGAUGCGCAAGAUUCCUUCGGAAAUAUGAUACUACAUAUGGUGGUUGUGUGCGACAAGUUGGACAUGUUCGGUUAUGCGUUGCGUCAUCCUAGAACGCCAGCCAAGAACGGCAUUGCUAAUCACAGUGGCCUUACACCCUUAACACUGUCGUGCAAAUUGGGGCGCGCAGAGGUCUUCCGCGAGAUGUUGGAGCUUUCGGCACGUGAGUUCUGGCGUUACAGCAAUAUCACCUGUUCGGGCUAUCCGCUGAAUGCUUUGGAUACUUUGUUGCCAGACGGACGCACAAAUUGGAACUCCGCACUUUUUAUCAUCUUGAACGGCACCAAAGAGGAACACUUGGAUAUGUUGGAUGGCGGUAUCAUACAACGUUUGCUGGAAGAGAAAUGGAAAACAUUUGCUCAGAAUCAAUUCUUAAAACGCCUACUCAUUCUGCUUGUUCACUUGCUUUGUCUCUCGAUCUCGGUUUAUAUGCGUCCUGCGCAUGUAGCCGACGACGAUGAAGACGACGCAGCUAUAGGUGGAACCUCUUCGAAAGAUGCAAAAACGCUUGAGAUCGUAGAAGAGAUGGAAGACGAAGAGUAUGAUGUGCAAACUAUAGUGCGCUAUUGUGCAGAGUUUGGUACGAUUGUGGGUGUCCUGAGCUACGUUAUCUUCCAGCAGGGUGAUGAAAUAAAAAAUCAAGGACUACCGGCGUUUCUUAAACAAUUAACCCAUGCGCCGGCCAAGGCUAUAUUUCUUGUUUCUAACUUGAUGAUUCUAGCCUGCAUACCUUUUCGUUUGAUGGGCGAUACAGACACUGAGGAGGCCAUACUUAUUUUUGCUGUGCCAGGUAGCUGGUUUUUAUUAAUGUUCUUUGCAGGUGCUAUUCGUUUGACAGGUCCCUUUGUGACCAUGAUUUACUCUAUGAUAACCGGUGACAUGUUCACUUUUGGCAUUAUAUACUGCAUUGUCUUGUGUGGCUUUUCACAAGCUUUCUAUUUUCUCUACAAAGGACAUCCACAGAUUCAGUCGACUAUGUUCAAUACCUUCCCGAGCACAUGGAUGGCAUUGUUUCAAACAACUCUGGGUGAUUAUAAUUAUCCCGACUUGAAUAACACAACGUAUCCGAACUUAUCGAAGACAGUGUUUGUGAUCUUUAUGAUCUUUGUACCCAUACUUUUACUUAACAUGUUAAUCGCUAUGAUGGGCAAUACAUACGCACAAGUGAUUGAGCGUUCCGAGAAAGAGUGGAUGAAACAGUGGGCCAAAAUUGUGGUCACUUUGGAACGUGCUGUGCCGCAAGCUGAUGCAAAAAAUUAUCUCGAAGCCUAUUCCAUACCACUCGGACCGAUAGAUGAUUCCGGUUACGAGGUGCGCGGUGUAAUGGUUAUCAAGAGUAAAGCGAAGACCCGUGCAAAACAGCGUAAAGGCGCUGUAUCAAAUUGGAAACGUGUGGGACGCGUAACGCUGAAUGCUUUGAAAAAACGCGGUAUGACGGGUGAGCAAAUGCGGCGCCUAAUGUGGGGACGCGCAUCCAUUUCCAGUCCGAUUAAAAUUACCAAAAAGAAACUUAAGGACCCCUACAAUUUACAUCCACAAAGUGAUCUCAACAACGCUAUGGAUAUGCUGUCCUUCGCUAACGAUCCAGCCGCGAGCUCAGGUGUGCAACUACGGACUUCACUUACAGAUACUGGUGCCGAUGGUAAGACUACACAACAACAACAGCAAAAUCAACAGCCUGCACCCGAUCCCCUACGCGAUUUGAUCUUCCUUGCCGAUCGGCGUCCGGAAGUGCAUGAUCCACAGUACUUUGUCGGUCUACAACAGUUGGCUAAUCAAGCUUUGGAUUUGGUAGAGCAGACAAUGGGCAUGCAUACGAUACCGACCCCAGCCACGAAUGCCACUGUUGCCCCAACUGCUUUGAUAGCAACAACAGCUGCUACAAAUAGUGCCGCUGCAGCAGCAGUAGCUGCGCCUACCGAUGAUUUGGUUACACCGCUCAGUGCGAACUUGACUACACUUUUCCAGGAUCCGAAGGAUGUUGUUGAUCCACAAAAGUUAGAGGAAUUCUUGAAAAUGCUUGCCGACAUCGAGACGGAGGAGAGUGAUGGUGGUGGUAGACCAAUUUUGGGUAAGCUAUCGCUUUCGCGUCGAACAAAGAGUGCCCUGUCGAAGGCCCAAAUUAAAAAGGAAUCGAUUGGCGGCAGUCCACUCAAGCUGAUUCCCUCAGUGUGGUCGCAUAAUUUACCACAACCGGAAGAAGAACCGGAAUUCAAUUUCGAAGCCGCACUGGCCGAAGAGCAUACACUCACCAUCGAACAGGAGGGCGAGGUGGAAACGGAAACCGGCAAUGAGCGUGACGACAGCGAAGACUGCCCAACCAUCGAGGAGGUGCAUGCGACAAUGAAGCAAUUUCACCUACGUAAGCGGCAAUACCAGCAGGACGACGCAGCGCGACGGGCAAAAAGCGCACGCAUCAAGCGCAAAAAUAGAAUUUCGCCCGAGCAGUCCCAUGACGCGGACGACGGCAAAUCAACACACCCGCGAGGUGCCUCAGCGCCAGGCCGUAAGCAAACGGUGAACGAACGCUUAUCACCGCCGGAUCCGCUAGAGCCGUGGAGUACGCGCGAAUUGCAAAAUAUCAACAAAAUAUUAGCGCGAAAGUGA